CCCCGCGCUCCGCCCGGAACUACCGCUCCCGUCAUGCCGUGCGCCCUUCUGGGAAGGCGGCGAAAGGCCUGGAAGGCGCUGGGCUGCGGGCGGCUGGGGGCUCGGCCCCGCGGUGACGGCGGCGGGGGCGGCCCUGGGCGCUGCCCCCGGUCCCGCGCGUCUCGGCGCUGACUCUUCUCUCCCCCCGCGGCAGGAGAUGGCGACGCUGGGCGGGUCGUGCCCGGGCCUCCCCGCGGGGCCCGCGCUGGAGUUCCCACAGGCGGCGGCCCCGGAGCGGCUGGGCCUGCAGCCGCCCGCCAUGAGCCCGGCGGGCAGCGAGGGCAACGGCGGCUCCGGGCUCUGUCUGCGCAGCACCUUCGACCUGGCCGCGCUGGCCGCGCUCGGCAGCCACAGCGAGGGCCCGCCCGGAGUCCCCGUGGGUUCUAUCACCCCCGCGGCCGCCCCGCACGGCCCGCGACCGCCGCUGGGACCCGGCCAUGAUUCUGUUCGCUGUGGAAAGAAGCAUAAGCUAGAAGAAGAAGCAGAAGGUUGUCCUGUGAGGAAGAAGAGACUGACAGGAGCCAAAAAUAGCCCUUUGAAUCCCAGCCCUGAGGAAUGGAUUCUCUGUGCAGGUCAGCAGGCGGCUGGGGAGGUAGCAAGUCAGUAUGGUGGCAGCGUUCCUGAAACUGCCAUGUUAGAAAUUCCCUGUGAAGAAAUGGAUCAGACAAUGGGGGAACAGCAGUGCGAGGUUGCUCGCAGGAAGCUUCAGGAAAUUGAGGACAGGAUAAUUGAUGAAGAUGAGGAAGUUCAUGCUGAUGGAAAUGUUAGCAAUCUGCCCACUCUUAUCCUGUCAGAUACCCUUAAAAAAGGGAUGAAGAGGGAUUUUGGUGAAGUCCUGACAAAGAAAAUAAUAGAAUCUAUGAGCCGUCCUUCUAUGGAGCUUGUGCUUUGGAAACCCCUUCCUGAGUUUCUCACAGAUAAACUGAAAUCUGUUUCUGAUACGAACUUCAAGCAGCAGAGUACAGAAGGGUGUCAAGCCAAGCAGUCAACUUCAAGAGCUGCUUUUGACUCACAGACUGAAACAUUCCCCGAAUCGCAACAGACUGCCAUGUCUCCAGAUCCAUACGCUGGUUUGGGAAUCCCUGGUUGUGCAGAGGAAGAAAUGGAGUUGUAGAUGCCAGAUUUUAGACUGGAAGUGGUGAGCUCCAGACUUUUUUUGUUGCUGUUUUUUGAUUCUCUCUUUCUGGUUUGAUGUGCGAGUUUGAAGUUUUAUUAUUUGUUUUUGGUUUUCCUGCUCGCAAUCGUGAGAACAUGGAUAGGCCAAACACAAUUUAAGGAAACUGAAAAAAAACCCUAAGAUUUCUGUACUCUGGUCUGUUAAGUAUUCUUGUUUUUACUGAGCAGGUAAUCCAGAGGCCUUUGGAACAAGGAAGUAGGGUUCCAUCUUGCUUAAUGGGGAAAUAGCUUCUUAAUUGUUCUUGGUAAAGAAUUGUAAGCGUGGCUUAAGCCACAUCUUUCACUUCUGGAGCCGUUGAGACUUCAGUGCACAUACUGCGCUUGGUCAGUUAGUUUAAUUUUAAUUACAAGAAGGUGUGGAAAGGGAGAAAUGCUUUUGAGUCCAGGCACAGAUAGAAAAGCAAUCCUUGUGGAAAUACAGCUCUUCACACUAGUUUAUCUGUGGCUGUUUUCAUCCGUGGCUGGUUUGUGCUUGGUGUAAGCUCAAGCGUUGGAGUUACGCAUUCUGCAGUGUAGAAGAGAAGGAGUGUUACAGCUGAGCAUAAGCUUGUGGCUUUGCAGAAAGCAAACCCAAGAUAUCUACUAACUUCAGUCAUCUGUUGGCCAUUGGCUCCUAAAUUGUGUUUGUGGGUUUUUUGAUGUCCCCCUCCCCAAAUGAGGUGAAGUCUGGACAAAAGUGCUUCUUGGCCAGUUGAUUCACGUGUUGUGUUGUGACUCUGCACCAAGUCGGAAAGGCAGUUUAAGACAGUGUAACUUUUGAUUCAAUAGAUGCCAUCCUUUAAUUUUGACAAACAUGCGAAGUAAAUCGGAGAACAGGGAGCUGCUUUCUUGUGUAAAGAGGGUCAAAUGCUGGUUGUCAUCUCCUAAGCGAGUCCCAGACACUGAGGCUGCUAGCAAGGGUGGUGAAGUACAGAAGACACUCAUCUCUAGAAUUAAAUUUUAAACCGAAAUAUGUGCCAUUAUCGUAACCACACACAGUUUAUACCGAUGUAUGCCAAAAGAAUUCUGUACCCUGCUUAGUGUAUUAAGAAAAGGGAUCCUCAGUGAGUUACUGCUUGUACCGUCCCUCAAUGCACAACAGAUCCGCUGUGCUUAAAACCCUUCAACAAGGCAGAGAAUCUUCUUUUCUCUUCUGAAGUUCUUGAGCUUUCUCAGAGAUCUCUGAAUGUGAGGUUUUUCAUAACAAGUUCUUUUUCAAGUAAAGGGUUCUGCUCUGAGUCUUGGUUUCCCAGUCUGGGUUUGACAUCUUGCUGCCAUAAAGGAGCAAGUACGCAGCGAUGCAGCUGUUUGUGGUUUGCACAUCUAAUUGAUAAUCGUUGUGAUUUUUUACUAUUGAAUAACCCAUAGUCAAUAGUUUUAAAUAAAGCUUCUCUUUUCACAGUCAUCCUUUCUCUUCUUUUGGCUGACAGCAGAAGCUUAGUUCCAAAGACACCCCUGUUUGUGAAAUCCUCUCACCUUGCUGCUUCUGUCAAAGGUUGUGUGAAAUUUGCUUUUUCUGGCUAAAACAUUUCAGAGAUUCACUAAAAGCUUUCCAACAUCAGAACAGGUGUUACUCGGGAAACCACUGUGUAACUUCCACCAUUCUGUAACUGAUUAAAUUGGAGAAGGUGUGCAGCUUUAUCUUGCUGUUAUGUCUGGUUUCCUUUCAGGGCCUGCUAUAAAUCUCUUGCAUGUAGUGUAUAAAACUCCUCAUGUAUUAUGAAGCUGCUGAACACGCUUAAAAUCUAUGGCUAUUGACACACUGCAUUGUGAGAGUGUAAAGCAAAGCAGUGUGGUUUGGUGAGGACUGUAGUCACUGCAGGUGGGAGAUGUAGUGCCUCCAAAUUACCUGCCUUUAACCUUGCAGGAUUAUAGUAAAAGUGAAAGUGCAAGGUUGGAACUGUCGUAGCUGAUAUCUCUGAAUCCUAAACAAACUGAAACUGCCUCAGCAACACCAAAAUUGCGAUGGAGGAUGGAGAAGCCUGGGAGGCUGAAAUGUGUCAAGUCUAGGUGUGGGGUUUUCUUCUUGAAAGUGACAAAGUGCACCUCAAACUUGCAGAAGAGGACAUUUUUGUAGGUGGCUUUUAAGCAUUCUUUUUUGUUUGAUGUUUAUACCAAAGGCUGGCUUUCAGAGGUGUAUUUCCUCUUAAUUAUUUGAUGUUAACAUGGCAUCACUGAGCCCUGUUACCUGACACAAAUAUGGUGGCGGGCUGUUGACAAGGAUCAUGAGAUGGGAAAAAGCUGUCCAAGAAAUCUGCUUUGGUAGAAAACAUUGAUUUUAAUUUUUUCACAAUUCAUUUCUGCCUUUGUGAUAGGAGAGAACAACGUCGAGUCUGUAAAUUGGGGAGGAGAAGGGUGAGGUGGAACAGGGAUUGAGGAUUGAGCAAGGUUUUUGCUGUAGGAAUCCUUUGGAGAGGGUGAGACAGAACAAGCAACCGGGGGUGUUUCCAAACGUCUGUGUAACUGUUUUUGGUUGUUGUGGGUUUCCUUAUGACUUUUAUUGACGCUGUUUACAAGCGGGGUGGCAAAUGUGAUGCAGUAUUAGGAAAGACUUUAUUUUGCGAUAUGGAAGAUCUGAUUCUGGUCUGCCUUCUCGCGGGACCAAAUCACCCUUUGUACAUCAGUUUUCAAUAAAUUUUCUAAAAUAUUUUUUA